AUGUUUGGCCUUGGCCUUCGUUUCAUAAAGCCAAGUGCUUCGUUCAAAACUUUUCACAGAGAUAUUUUCAAUUGUUCAUUGUUUUCAUCCAAAUCCAGGACGUUGUAUCCAACGAGGACCUUUCAGACUCAAACACAUAUUGUCCAACAAUUCAGGUUAUAUUUUAAGUCACAAAGGAGGAAAUAUGCAACAUAUUCUGAACUUGGAUAUUAUCCAGGUAGAAUGGGUGGUUCAGGUGAAGGACCGCAUUUCAAUAACGUGAAAAACAAUGUUGUCAAGCCUAUUCUUUACACUAUCGCAUUUUCUGCUGUCACAUAUUUUGCUAUGCCAUACAUAUUCGAUAAUACACCAAUGAAAUACUUCAAGACCCACAAGAAGUACUAUCUAUAUGGCUUGAUUGGAUUAAAUGUUGCUGUAUUCGGACUUUGGCAACUUCGAUUUAACGGAGGAAGGAUCUACAGCUUUUUGGAGAAGUAUUUUCUUCUUGAUAGGAGUUCUUUGACUAGGAAAUCCAAUGUUUCUAUGAUUCUAUCUACGUUUAGCCACCAGGAAUUUUUCCACUUGUUUGUUAACAUGCUGUGUCUUUACAGCUUUGCCAUUUCUAUGGUGAAUAUUAUGGGAGUGUCCCAAUUUUCAUCUUUGUAUCUAAUUUCCGGAUGCGCCUCUUCUCUUGCAUCCAUAAUUUUCAGUUUUGUCACCAAGUCAUACGGAUGCUCUUUGGGUGCAUCUGGUGCCAUUUCUGCAAUAUUUGCUGCUUUCACUGCUAUUUUUCCAACUGCAAAUGUUGCUUUAUUUAUUAUCCCAAUUCCAGGUGGUGCAUCAACUGCUUUAGCACUAUUUACAGCAUACAAUGUCGGAGGUUGCAUAUUCCGUUGGUCUACUUUUGAUUUUGCCGCACAUUUGGGAGGAACAAUUGUUGGUUAUUUGUGGGGAAUGCAAUACAAAAAGAAAAUUAAGGCAAAGUACAGACAUUUAAGAAGCUACUGGUAA